GACAAGGACAAGGUGCCAGUCGGGGAUGCUUGCAAGCGUUGCUGGCUGGCUGCCCAGGCCGUCAGCGGCGACGGCGACGUAGGGUCCAUCAGUGGCAUGUACAUGGCUGGCGAGGAGCACGCGGCUGCGAGCGUCACCGAGGCGUCUGCCACCUUGAAGAGGGGGCAUUCGACGUUCGCCACCGCGGCAGUCCAGGACGUCACCGAGAUCGCUCUCGACUCUGCCAGGCCAGUUGAAGUUCGUUUUGAGAGCGAGUUGAACAGUCAGCUAGGCGGCGCCGCCAAUGGGGGUAGGCUCGGGCACCUACGCCGCGCUAGGAAGAUUACGAUGGCCACGCGCAUGCUGGAGUCCGCGAAGCAAAUCUACAAGACGCAGGGCCAGGACGCGUUCAUCAGAUCGCUCGAGGGGCUCGUGGAAGGCAAAGGUUUGGUUGCCCUCGCGGCCAAGCUAGACGGCAAGCAAGGGCAGGGUUUGCAGACGUACGCGGAUGUCUUGGAGAGUGAGAAGGGUGAGAAGCCCAAAGAUGACGACGACGGCGUGCAGCCAGUGGAUUUGACGAACCUUGGCGGCGAUCCUGAUGAGCUUCUGGUUGGAGUUGCUGCAUCCAUGCCUCCACCUUCCUCGGCGCCUAAGUGGACCUCGACGGGGGACUUCAAGACGCCGUCCAAGCCGAUAUCUGCGGGACAUACAAGCGGCGGCAGUGGGGGCUCUACAGAGGAGCCGUUCAAAGACGGCGCCAGCGCCAUUUAUGCGGGGAUGGACGACGGGGACGAUGAUGUUUGCGCCGGUCUCGUGCAGAAGUGGAAGGCCCGCGUUCCCUUGGCCGACGUCAUGGCUGGGGCGGUUGACGGCCGCGCAGUCUCUGGGCUGAGGAAGAAGAUCAAGAGGCUCGCAGCGAGCGACAGUACCAAGUCGGACGCCACGGACCUGUCAGUCUUCGAGAAGCUCGCGCAGGCUGCUGAGGGCCUUCGAGCUGGAGAUCUUCAAGCGAAGUCGUGGGAUGAUGCGCUGGCGCUGGUCACUCAGGUCGUGGAGGACGGCAGCCACGUCUCCCCCAAGACGACGAUGCUGGAGUUGGUCUCCCUGAAGCUCGAGAGCCUAGACAUCAGCCACGACGCGGUGGAGUACAUUCGCGUGGCAAGCCCUAUUGGCCAUUCCAAGUUCGACCCGCUCGACCCUGCGCUGAGUUCCACGGACUUGCCCGACAAAGAGAAAUCCGCAGAGUUCUUCAGGAUCGUGAUCAAGGACCACAUCUGCAGGGCCAUCUCCAAGGGUCGUGCAUAUGCCUCGGUGCUCGGAGAUCGAGUGGUUCUGCCAGUACGCCAGAAGUCGGGCAGCACCUUGAGCCACGUCAUUGCGGCGGCCUUGAUGGGGUCCCCCUACUAUCAGGAUCAGAUCGAGAUUAUGCAGCGCGCCUUGCCCUUUGCGAAGAAGCAGCUGUCUAUCAUCAAUACUUCCAAGGACCUCUUGAGCAAGGGCCACGGCGAAUGUACUUGGAAAGACUUGAGUAGCGCGCGCGAGAAGCUUGCGAUGUGGUCUGAGGGGAUGCCUGCCGAGACAAAGUCCAUGGGGGCCGACUUGAAGCGCGCAGUCGUUGACAAAAUAAACGAGUUCGUCGAUACCGAUUGGGCGAAGGCCCCCAUCCCCUCGAAGGAGGAGCUGCACAUGGUGAGCUCAUUGGUGGCCGAGGCAAACGUGGCGUUCCCCAAGGAUAGCGAGAUGAGCGUGCUUCAGCAGGAGUCUGCAGUGGUGCCUCAGCAUGUUGCCACAGUGGAUCGCCGCGGAAACCUCCUCAGCAUGUGUGCCUUACUGAUGCCAGACUGGAAGCAAGGCGACUCCGUCUCUGAGAUCAACUUCGAACAGUUCGACCAGGAGAAGGCAGAGGUCGAGACCGCUUCCCGUGCACAUCAGUUGCUCAUCGCUGUCAUGGAAACGCACCGCAGCGAUAAGUCAUGGGACUCCUGGUCGGCGACCUUGAGGUCGUUGUUGGGGAUCAGCCCCGAGCCCGCGUUGUCGAAGCGGAUGGAUGUCGUUGCAGUGGCGUGUUCUGUACUGACGCAGUGCUUGGCGAUCCAGGCCAUUGGCGAGGCCGCGCACGUCGUCAAGUCGAAGGGCGGCCUGGGCAUGAUGCUCGCGCAGGGGUUGAGGGUAGUGCAGACCAAGAAGACCAUCGAGUUGGGCCAGGUGGAGUACCUCGAUUUAGGUGCGCGGACCGAGUUCGAAAGCGACGUCGACUGGGCCACGGGUUUCCGCUCGCAGGUCGGCACUGAGUGCGUUCGUGGCAAGAAGAUGGCCUUGGAGACGGCCGUUAGAGAGCUGGCCAUCGUGCAGUGCGGGACGCUGUCAGGAAAACCGUGGCCCGAGGAGGUCGUUGGCCAAACGGCGCUCAUCCAGCUGCCCGAGAUCGUGAAGAAGGCGACCAAGGGGACGCAGUGGAAAGCCCUGGCUGAUUUGGCAACCGCUGUCCCGCGCGGGGUCACGGAGUAUCGGGCGGCCUGCAAGUGGGCCUCGGUCGAGACCGACGCUAGCCUCGUCGGAAUUGCGGAGGCCAUUGCGCAGAGGGGCUGGACCACCAAGGCCGAAGCUUCGAUCCCGAUGAAGAUGACUAGCGGGAAGAAUGCCGACCUCUUGAGGACUGCCCUGAUCUCCGAAAUCAACGAGUUGAGGGCCAAACUGACAGACGGCGCCAAGGAGGGCGAGGCGCUGCACUCCGAGAUCCAC